AUGAAGCCCGGAUCUGUCAUCUCCUAUCCCUUUGCUACCAUUUCCCUGAUUCUAGCCUGCACUGCGCAGUCUCGCCCCUUUGACAGCAUCAUCCAGUCGUUUCACAUCCUCAGCGAUCAGUCGCCGCUGCGAGACUACAUCAUGAGCAAUCCAGAGGGACAAGUGUCUACUGGUGUCAGUGUAUCCGACGUUAUCGGGAAGACACAGGAAAUUGCCAUCUUCAGUGGCCUCACAAGGGACAUCGACACCGUCUCCGGACGGUUAGAAGACGCCGCACAGAACGUUACGGUGCUUGCGCCGGACAACAGCGUCAUGCGCAGCCUGAAGAGGAAGCCUUGGGAAGACCCCGAAGACUACGACAACUUUGGCGCGAACGCAUACGAGGGAAGCAGUGGACAAGAUCGCGCGCGGAGCAACCUGGCGCGCUUCGUGCAGCGACACAUUAUACCAGAGAGUCCCUGGGAAGAGGGCAAGAAAAUCAAGACACUUGCUGGCAACGAGAUCUGGUGGGAGACCAAGGACGGCCAAAAGAAGAUCCAGCCCGGCAACGUCGAAGUCAAGAGUAUCGCGGACAAGGUCUCCAACGGCGAGGUCUGGAUGCUUGGCUACGAAGAUGACUAG